UUCUUGUCAUUCCAGAUUGUCGUGCCAAUCCAUUACAUGUGGCGCCCUGACAUAACGAUAGAAGACGGCGCAGCUGAGAUUGUUUCCCCCAACAAUGGCAAGGUCACCAAAGAAGGCCAUCUCAUCUGGAAAACGAGGCAGCGCAUGCGCUUUUCGUGUGACCUCCAAAACCUCACGUCUCUUUCCGGGGCAACGUGUCGCAUUCAGCUGGGAUCCUGGUCCUAUACCAAGCAAGAACUGACCCUGAGGCUACUUGACCCAGCCGAAGUCCUAACCAGCGGCUACAGCGUGAACUCCCGGUAUAAACUGAUGAACGCUUCGUUAGAAGAGAGUUCGUAUGAACUACCCGCAGGCCAAUAUGAAGAGAUUACGCUGAUAUUUUCUCUCCGGGACAAA